AUGAUGCCACGGCGCAAGACACGAUCCUUUUUGGCGAAAAUCGAACCGAUCCCAUUCGAUCUAGUAAUCGAGAUACUCUUGAGAUUGCCUGUCAAGUCUAUAGCGACGUUUCGUCGCGUAUCGAAGCUAUGGGCCUCCACAUUGCGUGAUCCAAGUUUCACCGAGUCCUACUUGACCAUAUCAUCGUCUCGCAAGAAGCUAUUAUUCACAUGCCUAAAAGACGACGAAACAUGCUUCUUCUCAUCAUCUCCAAACUCUCAAAGUCCUUCGUCUGAUAUAUCCGCCAAAGUUCAUAUGAGUUUUCCAAUAAACUGUCCCACCAAUAUCUGCCGUCCUGUUCGAGGCUUGGUAUGUGGUUUGAAUCAACGACGACCUUCCAAGGGAAGGACAGUUACUGUGCCAUUGAUAUGUAACCCUAGCACAGGACAGUCCUUGGCUUUACCCGAUGUGAGAACAAGGGGUAAGAGAGUGAUCAGUUGUUUUGGGUAUGAUCCAAUCGACAAACAAUUCAAGGUAUUGUGCAUGACCCUACCAUAUGUAGGAUAAUCUAGUUCUCAAGACCAUCAAGUUCUGACAUUAGGAACCCAAAAGAAACCCUCAUGGAAAAUGAUCAAAUGUGAGGUGCCACAUAUACCUGUUGAUUUCGAGCAUACCAAUGGUGGGGUAUGCAUCAAUGGUGUUUUAUACUACUUAGCCAUAUUACUCCAUGUUGAUGCUUAUACCGACGGGUAUUUUGAUAUAGUUUCCUUUGAUAUUAGAUCUGAGAAAUUCAGUUAUAUCAAGACAGCUGUUACAGGUAUGCGUAUACACUAGGGAGAAAAGCUUGAAUCAACUCUGGUGAACUACAAGGGUAAAUUAGCUAAGCUUCAGCGGAACAUUGAUGAUUACGGAACAUACACCGGUAUUCAACUAUGGGUUCUAGAAGACGCCGAGAAACAUGAAUGGUCGAGUUAUAUCUACGUCUUGCCUCCUCCUUGGAAGAAUAUUUUUGAAGAGACCACGUUAUGUUUUGUUGGAACGACUAGUAAAGGUGAAAUUGUGCUGUCGCCAAACACUAUCUCCGACUCUUUUUACCUUCUCUACCACAAUCCCGAGACGAAAACUAUCACAAAAGUUGGAGUCCAAGGAAUGGAAGCCUAUAAGGGUCAUAAAGCUUACACCUUUUUAGACCAUGUAGAAGAUGUGACACUUGUGUCAAGUGUUAGAUCUUUCCAUUUAAGUGAUGGUGUGUUCAAUCUUUUAUCAGUGGUUCAUAUAUACACUUGUGAGCCGCGGUUGUUUUAA